AUGGCCCAUUUAAUGUGGCUGCUUAUCGGUGCCUUUGCUUCGCUGGCUGUAGCAAAUCCUCUGCCUGUCUGGGAGGCCGAUCACUUCCAGGCUCGUCAAUCCCCCACCGAUGCGAAUGAUAUCAUGGGCGGGACCUGCAAGGACUUCACCUUGAUCUUUGUUCGUGGAUCCGGGGAAGUAGGCAACAUGGGUGCGGUCGUCGGCCCUCUUCUCUGCGUUAUGCUAAAAGAGCAAAUCAGUCCGAAUCGAGUCGCCUGCCAGGGUGUCGAUGGCAUGUACACUGCUAGCUUCCCUCAAAACUUCCUUGCUCCGAACACCGAUGCGAAAUCGAUUGCGUCCGCGGCCACCAUGCUCGAGCUAGCGACUACCAAGUGUCCGAAGACUCAGGCAGUGGCGGGUGGAUACAGUCAAGGCACCGCUGUCAUCGACUACGCAGUUCAAGAAGUCAAGCACGAGGUCCGCAACAAGAUCAAGGGGGUGGUGCUAUUCGGGUACACGCGCAACAUCCAGGACCGCGGGGGGAUCCCGGGCUACCCGCAGGACCGAACCAAGGUGUAUUGCGCACCGGGCGAUUUGGUGUGCGACGAGAUCUUGCUCGUCACCCCGCCUCAUCAAACCUACGGGUUGUAUGCGAAAGAUGCAGCAGAGUUUCUGGCGUCGAAAGUGAAUCAAUCUAACUAG